UUAUAUAAUUGUAUUCUGUGUAGGUGAUCACUAAUAUUGAUAUUCAAAGUAUUGAACCAAUUGAUCAUCAUAUGAGAGACUCUUUAUCUAAAUCUGUUCAAAUGGCAAUUGAGAUAUCUACCAAGUCAAUAGAGAGGUCAGCACAGCAUGAGGCACAGAGAACUGAACAAAAAGCAAAAGGAGAACUAGAGAGACAAAAACUACAAAAUGAAAAGGAGGCAGAGGAGGCAAGGAAGGAGUUGUUAGAGUUACAAGCAGUAGCAGCUGCUGUUGAGAGCACUGGACAAGCUAAAGCAGAAGCACAAGUAAUAAGAUAAUAACA